CGCUCUUUCACCGGCUAGGAAGUCCCGGUGGGGCAUCGCAACAACACGCCUUCUGUUGGUAUAUUUGAAAUUAUAAGAGGACUGUGACAUUAUCUCCUGUUUGAGGCGGAUUUAAUAAAUACAAUAAAUAAAAAUGGCCAAGAAACGAAGAGAACGUCGAGAAAUUGAUAGUAUUUCGACAGAGACGUUAACUGAAGAGGAAUCGGUGAAAAAAGAAGCAGAUAACGUUAUAGUCAAAGGCCCAACAUAUUCUGGAGGAGGGUCAGCCCGUAUGUCUCUCCUCAUCUUGCUCUCCAUCUUCAGCUGUGCAGCCUUUGUCAUGUAUCUGGUCUACAGAAAUUUCCCAGAUCUCACCGAUGAUGAGAAGGAUAAGAUAAAGAUUCCCAAAGACAUGGAUGACGCCAAGGCCUUGGGCACAGUGCUGUCCAAAUACAAGGACACAUACUACGCCCAAGUCCUGCUUGCCUACUUCGCAACAUAUAUCUUCCUCCAGACAUUCGCCAUCCCCGGUUCUAUCUUCCUCAGUAUCCUAUCAGGCUACCUGUACCCUUUUCCUCUGGCCCUCUUCCUGGUCUGCCUGUGUUCAGGCCUGGGGGCCUCCUUCUGCUACAUGCUGUCCUACCUGGUGGGCCGGCCGGUGGUGUAUAAGUACCUCACGGAGAGGGCUGUGAAGUGGUCCCAGCAGGUUGACAAACAUAGGGAACACCUGAUUAAUUACAUCAUCUUUCUACGGAUCACGCCCUUCCUGCCAAACUGGUUCAUCAACAUCACCUCCCCCGUCAUCAAUGUUCCCCUUGGGGUCUUCUUCUUGGGCACUUUCUUAGGUGUGGCACCUCCGUCCUUUGUGGCGAUCAAUGCGGGUACGACCCUGUACAAACUGACGACCGCAGGGGAGGCCGUGUCCUGGAACUCUCUGGCUGUUUUAGGGGUGCUGGCCCUGCUCUCCCUACUGCCGGUCUGCUUCCAGAAGAAGCUUCAGCAGAACAUGGAGUAACCCUCCUCCCCCCUGCCCUGCCACACCCCACGCCACCAGGGUACUCACAGAUGCCUCUGCCAGUCACAUAGAUUCCCAACACCCGCACAGGAGGCUCAUGUCGCACGCUCAGCCAGCGGUGUUGUGACCUUGAGGCUCCUCCCUGCUGGAGGGGCAGACUGCUUUUCUUCACCUCACAACCCUCAUUCUCAGCUGCUGUGUCAGCGCUCUGCUCUUAAUGCGUUUACGUGUGUAAUGAUCUUAAUGUUGACCACAAACUCUCCUCCCCAGCCGUUAAUGAAUACUCCCUUCACCCUCCACGCGAAUGCAGUCCUUCCCCUCACACUCCGUGCGAAUGCUGUCCUUCCCCUCACACUCUGCUCCCCUCACACUCUGCUCGAAUGCUGUCCUUCCCCUCACACUCCGCGUGAAUGCUGUCCUUCCCCUCACACUCCGCGCAAAUGCUGUCCCUCCCCAGGCUUCCUUUGCAUCAGUGCUACAUGAGUAGCUGUCUUAGCAGAUCUGAACAGAUCACGCGUAACUUGAAAGCAAUAUCUAUCCUGCCAAUUGUGCUGACGACUUUGGUUUGUUUGUGUCUUCCCUGGCAAAGUGGAUGCUCAUUCACUGGAGAAUGGAGAAUGUGCCUCAGAUUAUAUGAUACACUGGUAAAACUUAAGCCCACAUUUUAUUUUUAAUACUUUGUUUCACCCCGUAGAAAUACUGGUUUGUUUGGCAUGUGUUGCUACAAAUCUCCCCUUUUACUGUAUCAGCUUUACACUUUUGUAUAAAUAGUCAAAAUGGAGGAGUCUUUGAGCCCUGUAGGACAGAGGAGCCAUUUGAUCCUAAAAGGAGGACUGGUGUCCAUUUGCUGAUUCACGGUACUAGGCAUACAAUAGAAUGCUCUCCAACACAUGGCUAACUGGUGGCUGUAGCCACUUGCCUUCAGCUUAUUGCUGCAAACCAUGUGGAGUACAAGCAGCUGAUGAUUGCCAUGCUAAGAUAACUUGACUACCCAGAAACUAUAGAUAUAUUUGAAUUUCCUGCCUCUUCUUUGACAGUGUCAACUGCCUGUGUUGUUACUGCCUAAUAUGAGCACUUCUGUUGUGGUUGUAGAAGACUGGUGCUGAAUGAAGUGAGGAAGACCAGUACAUAUCCCCUCCCUCAGUGUGUGGUGUGACUGCAAGUGCUACUGGUUACUGAUUUAGCGCUGAGGUAGAGCUUCCAUCUUGACUAAUUGGCCAGUCUUCUCCAGGUGGCUCAGUGGAAGAUGAUGCAGCCAUUGCAUUUGUGGGAUUUCCAUGCAGUGGGUCUCCCUUUAUUUCCCAAAGCCGCCAAUAAAUAAAUGAGUUGAUGCUUAUUUGUCCCUCCCUGUAGGGACUUUCGCACUGCUAAUAUAAAGGAUCCUAAUUUAGGUGUGUGAUUGCUAGUAGCUGACUGGUAUGUGUGGGUUUCUGACAAUGGACCUUUUGUGUUGUGUGUGUGCUUGUUUAAGUUGAAUCUGAAUUUUAUUUUUGCCUUGAAUAGUACAUGAUGAGAGGUUACUGGAAGCUUCGUGUGAGACGUAACAUUUGAAGCCAUUGCCUGGAAAGUUGCCUGGGCCCUUUUCCCACUCUUGUAUGGUUAAGGUCUCAACUAAAAUAAAUAUUUCCUAAUAGUGGACAUUUUUAAGGUUGAUAAGGUGGUUUCAGACAGCUUUCUUCCCCUGAGUCUUAAUUUUUCCCAUACUUCAUAUACAAGUGCGGUUUGACACUUUUCUUUUUUUUGUUGAUACAUGUUUCAAAUCUAAUUAAAAUAACCAGACUAAUAUAUUCAUGCAACUUCAGGAAAUCUAACUGUUGGGAGUUGUUUAAACUGUAAUAGUACUUUGUCUUAAAUUAAUUAAUGAAGUUCCCAAAUAUUUAAGGCAGGUUUUACAAGGGCACAAAAGUAGUAUCUGAAAGUUUGAUAUUGGCUCCCUGCAGUUGCUGAUGUUUGUGGCACACGCAGGUUUUGAGGGUUUAUUAAUGACUGAUCUGUUUUGUGGAAACAGUUAUCAUUUGUAGGGAGUUAAAUGUCCUCACUUCUGUCUAUAAGGUGCAAUCACUGUUCUCCGUCAGUCUAAUCGGGUAGUAUCAAAUCAAUGUACAUUCUGGCGCUGGUGUCCCCAGCCCUGCUUCUUGAGAGCUGGAGAGUGAAACCUUGCUUCACUUGUUUUCCAAGGAGUAAGUUGCUGAUCUUUAGGUCCAGACCCUGUGGCUCCGUAGGACCGGCGUAGGGCCCCCCUGCAGUAGUAUACUAUGAUUGUCACCUUCCUUUCUGUUGAAGGGUAUCUCAGUCUACCAAAAUUGUUUAAAUCUAAAAUGUAUCCGAGUAAAUGACCAUUGUGCUGCAAUGGUUGUAUAUAUGCAGUGUAUAUUAACAGACCCCUUUUUCUGAAAACAAAUGGUCUUUAGCUGAGACCACUUUAGCACCACUUGUUGUGUGGGACUUUUAUAACCAGGAGAUCCACAGGACAUUACCCAUUUGGGUGUGCUGAAAUUGGUGAUGGGCAUUUUCUUUAUAUAGAAUUUUUAUUGAUUUGAUACUAACUGAAAGAGCAGGGGGUUUUUUUCUUGAUACCUCAUACCCAGUCUCAUAUUCUUAUACAACAUGUAAAGUUAUAUUAAUAUGUUUUGCUAAUUGUUAACAUUAAUCUGAUUUUACAAGCUUCAACACAGCAGUAGUAGUUUCUCUCAGUUCACCUCUCAAUGGUGAGUUUAUGUGAGAUGUGCUGAAUUCUGUCUGUUCAGAAUGUUUGCCAUGUUUGUAAUCAUGUGUUGGACAGUUUCUUUGAAACUACAGUAUUAAAUUGUACUUUAAAACGGUAUGUAUUGUAUGAUCUGUAUUUAAAAUGCCAUCUUUGACACCUUUUUUUUUUCAAAGCUGAUGUUGAAAAAAUGACUUUUAUUAUCCAGAUAUUUAUUAUCGAUAUGAUAAAUAAAAACAACACACAAAUUA